CAGUCCCAGGCCAUCAUGAGGACCAUCUUGUGGCUGCUGCUCGGCUUUGCUGUCCCACUGCUGGUGUUCUCUGUCUCCAUCACCUGUCCCCAUGGCAAGAAAUGCCAACUGGCCCUACUUUCCAAGACUGAUGUCUUUCUGUACUGCAAUUCCUCUGGGGCACAGUGGUUCGCCUACUUGCUGCAAAGUCAGACCAACUGGUCCAACAAACCCCUCGGUGCUUGGGACACAGAAAUAAUGCCUGAAGGCAUUCUCCUCAGAAGUCCAUUGCCAUCCCAGACGGGCUACUACAUCUGUUGGGACAAGAAAGGCAAGCUAGUGGUGCAGUAUAAGAUUGACUUCCAGGAUGUUGACACCCUGCACAUUACACACAGAGGCCUGGGCCAAAAGCCCUUGAAGAAUGAGACGCUGACUCUAGGCAGCAAGGAGAUCGUCUUCACCCACUGGGAGCCCUGGCAGGACUGUAACCACUGUGGGGAGCCCGGGGAGCGCAAACGCCUGGGGUACUGCUAUAUCCAGAAUGCUCUGGGGAAACCUGUGCCCUGCUGGCUCUACCUGGGAAAUUCUAGGCCACAGAACAGCCGCAUGCGACCUGAGAUGCAGAUAGAAGCCUGCUAUGUCCAGUGUAAAGCAUUAACUGUGGAGAACAUUAUAUUUGACAACUUCCAGCUCGAUGAGGAAUCAGAAUUUGCGUGGCUCACCUGUCCCUUGGGAUCCAUCUAUAGGCCCGUCGUCUGGGAAGCUGACAACAAAGCCCUCAGCUGGAAGGACCAGCUCUCCGGCCAGGAGGUGAGCACGGUCCUGGACCCCUCCAGCGGCGGCGCGCAGCUGCUGGUCUUCCGGCCAGCGGUUUACAGGUGCUUCGUGCAGCAGCAGAUGAGGGCGCAGUUCAACCCCAGGUUCGACGUGGAUGCGCUGGAGCUUCUGCAGAGAGAGGAAGCCAUCCGGCAGCAGGAGGCGGAAAAGGUUCGGAAACCGAAGACCGGCUCCCCCAAGGGGCUGAAGCUGCUGCUGCUGUGGGGCACCGGCCUGGGCCUGCUCGGGAUGCUGCUCAGGCUCUUCUGCCCGAAACGGCGUAAAAAGAGAAGCCAGGUGUUGCUGAUGAAAUAA